AAUGCUUAAUAUUAGCAUUUCUUUGUCAGGUUACCAAUAAGGACAAAAGAAAUAAUUAUGACGAUCGACAGAGCGGGUCGCCCGCCUGCGCCGCGGCGGACAUCAACAUACAGAAGCUAUGAUGAACUCGGUAUUAUAGACAGAGGAAGACCUCUGAGAUACAGACAUGGUGGUGUUGAAGAUUUAUCAGGAAUAGAACACCAGCGAACUCCUCGGUCCUAUAACCCACACGACUUUGACGAUAUUACAGUCAUUAGUUCAGAGGAAAUACCUAAGCCGAAAAGAAAAACCAUUGAAGGCUUAGCAAGUGGAUUCAGACGAACAUUCUCAGUGAGAAGUAGAAGGGAGCCUGAAGGAAUUCCAUUGGAUACGUUUGGUGUAACUGGCGAGGAGACUUUCGCAACUGUAAGAGGUGCUCCAUUUGGCCGACGCAGAUCCUUGUCAAGGGAUAGAGGAUCGUCGUUACUGGGUAGAAGUUCAUCAGAAGGAGACGUAAGGAUACCACUUCCUCGAGCACCGCCUGUCAACCCUACGCCUAGACUGCACCGCUGUCUUCGCGCUCUCGGAGGGAGCUGGAAAAAUCUUCUAUUAUGUGAGUCUUCGAGAAAUAUAGCUUCAGCUUUUCUCAUUAACUAA